AGAAAACCAGCGAGAUGACGGCCUGAACUUGAUGCGGAGAGCGGCAACGCUAACACCGGAAGUCGAAAUAGAGUCGUGUCCAGAUUAUCCGCGCGCUUUCCCGUUCUGAAAUGACGUUCCCGUCCUCUUGCUAAAUCCCUCUAUUAUGACGCAAGCGAGAGUUAAAGUAGCUCAACAUAACUGUCAUGUAGAUCAUAUGCUGGUUUAGGAAGGAAAAAUGAAAUCAAUAUACACAAAAAAAUGAGCGGCGAGGAGUUACAAGCAGUGACUCUGGACAAGAAAUCAGGUCAAUGGGGUAAUAGACAGGAAUCUGGCGACUCCAGUGCAUUACGUCAGCUCCUCACGCAUGUCCCGGAUAUAGUGAUCAACUGUGAUCAUAAGAAGGCAAUGCCGCGUGUAAAACACAUGGUGGGCGUGUGUAUGUUUGCUGAUAUAUCAGGAUUUACCUCACUCUGCGAAACAUACAGUCUGAAGGCAUCUGAGGCUGAGUCCUGUGGCACAGACAAACUCACCUUCACACUCAAUACUUAUCUGGGGAAAAUAAUCGAAGAUAUUCUUAAACAUGGCGGCGACGUCUUGAAAUUUGCAGGGGACGCACUGCUUGCCUUGUGGAAAGUAGAGGACGGAGGAAACUCAGACGAUCUGACUCUGUUAAUCAACAAAGCUAUUAUUUGCAGUAUAGCCAUUCAAGAAGAAUGCGACAACUACAUGACAGAUGUUGGCGUCCUUCUUCGGGUUAAAAUCGCCCUGUCUGUUGGCAAAAUGCAAAUCACGCACGUCGGAGUUACGGAAAGCAAGCACUUCGAUCUCUCCGGGUCAGCGGUUUCGGAUGUAAAUGCGGCGGAGAAGUGGGCAGAGCCUGGGUCGAUAAUAUUGUCACUUUUGGCUUUUUCGAAUUGUGAUCAGUCUUUGUUUUUGUUUGAAACGAUAGACAACGGAAUGUACUACAGGGUAGCGGGAGCGAGAGUUGAAGAAGAAUCCGCAACAGUGUCCACAGUACACCCAACCGGUGUUCAACUAGCAUUGAUGUCUGGCGUGCUGUCCACUGGAGCUGUGCUCACUUCAACGCCAUCUGUGGCUAAAAGAAUAUUUGCACCUCAUGUUGGCACACUGCUAUCACGAUACUAUCCACAAAUGAAGCUUCCCAGAAUAUACCGGAAAAAGGGACAGUCCGAACAGAAAGAACAGAUCUGUAAAACCACUGGAAAUCUUUUGAAAAGCGAUAGCUGUCAUGAUCCUGAUCAUCGAACUUACAUUUACAGCAAGCUUAAUGAUCAGGAUAUUGAAGAUCUCCGAGCCUAUGUCCCCAAAACUGUGCUAUCAAGGAUUGAUCAUGGACAGGAUUUAGAAUGGUUAUCCGAAAUGCGGCAGGUCUCAGUUCUGUUCAUAAAUAUGGACCUGCCCAUAAAAGGAAAUUAUCAUUCGUGGGCCCUUCAGAGGGCGUUUGAGGUUAUUCAUGAAUGCGCAAGGAGACUUAGAGGCAAUCUAAACAAAGUCUUCUCUUUCGACAAGGGCUGUACAUUUAUCGUGAUAUUUGGUCUGCCCGGUGAUAAGCACGAGGAUGACCCAACGAGGGCCCUCAAAGCUGGCCACAGAAUAAUGGACAGUCUUCACCAGAUUAUGGAUAUCACUAACGAGUCCAUCGGUGUAACUACUGGACGUGCGUUCUGUGGCGUGGUUGGUCACAGAGACAGACACGAGUAUACAGUCAUUGGCCGUAAAGUCAACAUGGCUGCCAGGCUAAUGGUGAACUAUCCAGGAACCCUGUCGUGUGAUGACGACACUUACAGAUCAGGGAAGUCUAAGUUGAAGAAAGAGGAUUUCGUGGUCUUGCCUUUCAUAAAAUUGAAAGGUGUGGCUGAUCCUGGAACAGUCCGGGAAUACAAUAGUCAUCACGACCGAGAAGAAGAAGAAGAGGAAUAUGAUUACCCAAUCCUCGGACGAGGCAAAGAGAUAGAGGAGAUGAAAACGCUUCUUCAUGCCAUUAAAUGUGACGAUACCCGUGUAAGUGGAAGCAGGAGAGUUGUGGUGAUCGAAGGUGAAGGAGGAGUUGGAAAAACAAGGUUGCUAGAGGCAUUUAUGGACAUUGCAGAGGAGGAAGACUUUAAGGUGGAUUACGUUGAGGCUGACAUGGCGCAUGCCCACACUCCUUAUCACGUUGUUAAGACUCUUAUUGAGAACCUAUUGGAACUGGAAGCCUGCCGCACGGCUUCAGAAAAGGAAAAUACUCUCAUGGAGCACAUUACUGAUCAAAAGCUGCGAGAGAAGAUGUUUCUGUUGAAUGACCUACUUGGCACACACAUACCACCGAAUGCUGACUUCGCUCGUAUGGACUCAGAUAAAGUAACUACACAAUUUCACACCCUUCUAUUUGAAAUUGUCCAUCAGUUUGCAGUGAGUCAGCCGUGUCUGUUUACCGUGGACAACGCUCAGUUUAUAGAUCAGGAAUCGUGGGACUUUAUUGAAGAUUUAUCAGCGGAUUCACACGCUAUAUUGGUGCUGUCACUCAGGCCUUUCUCAUCAUCCAACCCACCGUGUGAGGCGGCCAUCAGACUCAUUGGACAUGAAACCACUAAGAAAGUCAAACUCGGUGGCUUGGAAGCCUCUUACAUGAGUGACUUAGCCUGUCAGUUCAUGGACGUCAUGUACAUUCCUAAUGAACUGGACGGAAUCUUACGUGAGAAGAGUCACGGCAUUGCUUCUUGGUGUGAACAGCUUAUUAAAGACAUGCUGACGAGUAAUGUUAUACAGGUUGUCAACGAGAGCCAAGCUUUUCUCAACAAAGAGUCUAGCUUGGACUUACUCUCCUUCGGUGGCUCUACCACGACCACUAUUGCACAAAAACACAACAAUGCAUCGAGUUAUUUACCUCGUCCCAGUACCCCGUUAUAUGGACAGGCAACUGAUGGAGGAUGGUUAGGAGCAAACAGUCCAGAACCUAGACGAAGAAGUCUCACUCCAGGCAAAGGAUUUGCAUCAAACACUUUAAGCUCUGGCUUUCAAGAUACCGUGGACACCUCGUUGUCUUUUUUAAGGGAUCGAAGACGGUCGACAAGCGCUGUUAAGAGUCUCCAAUACAAUUUUCCCAAUAAUCCGUUUGAAAUCAAGACAAAAAUAGCUGAAUCAGAUUUGGAAUCAAACAGAACGUCUCGUCAUUUCCCUGAAGAUGACUCUAUUCAGGAGAAAAUUCAAUAUAAUUUGGAGCGAGCUGAUUUUGUCAGCGCCUCCGAAAAUUCAAUGCCAUUGGACACAAAAAAGGUUUGCAUUCUCAGUCCAGGCGUUGAUAUUUCGAAGAUAGUUGUUCCAGAAUCCGUCAAAGACAUGGUGCUUGCUCGAGUGGAUAGAAUGUUGCCUCAAGAGCAAGCUACUUUAAAGUGUGCCAGCGUCUUGGGCUGUGACUUUUAUAGAAACGUUCUGCAAGCCAUUUUACCAAGAUCUUCUCGAAGCUGCAUCGAUUUGGUUUUGUACAACCUUGCUCAAGAGUCUAUUUUAGAGUGUGCAAGCUUAGCUUUACAACACCAAAAUGCCCAUAACCAUCACGGAUUCUACGAUUUCAACGAUCCCGUACAUGCGCAACACCAUGGUCAUCAUCACCAUCAUCACCAUCACCACAAUGUUGCGAGCUCUAUCCAUGCAUCAGUCUAUUGUGGCUGUUAUGCAGACGAGAUGACCAAAGUGAUCAACUUGUCACGACUCAUGACCCCAAGUGGUCUUAAGAAGCAUUGCCUGUAUAUGAAAUUUGUGAACACGUACGUGCAAGAGACAACGUACUCUCUUUGGCUUGAAGAUCAGAAGAAAGAGCUUCACGAAAGAGCUGCCAUGUUCCUCGAAUCACAGGCUCACAAAUGUAAAUCUUGUGGCGGAGGAGGAUUUGUGGCCAAAAAAGCCGAUACUUUGGAAGAGCAAGGGGGUCAGGGAAAGCGCAUGACAGAAGCUUCGUCAGGAAGAUCACAAGCAAGAGUUUCUUCCAAGAUGGCGAAGCGUAGGAGGACAGCAGAGAUGAGGGAGAAGGUGCAAAGUCAAGGAGCGUUUUCUUCGCGUACCCACGAAAGAUCGUCUGACAUCUCUGAGGCAAAACAUGCUUUGAAGACGAAAAAACUUAAAGAAUCUCCAGUGGUGAACCAAAAAGCUGGAGAAACGGAAGGUAUUGGUAGUAAAUCUGCCAAUACUGCAGGGUUUUUCAACGAUGCUGUCGUUAAUCGGGCAGUUGAUGAUCACAGGACCAGUUGGUUGCAAAGACUUCCCUGUGCUAAAAAAUUUGUAAGCCCUGGUAAAGAAGAUGGAGCGCAAGAUGAAGGUGUCACAAAGAAGAAAAAAUUGAGACGAUUCUCUUCAAAGAAAAACUCCACUAUGAUAGGAGGGCCUGAAACAAGGCGAUUUUCGACUCCACAAAUAGAAGAGGAAGAAGGAGAAGGAGAAGAAGAAUAUGUUGAUAUCGACUUAGAAGAUUCAGCAGAGUCACAACAGACUGUAAUUGACCUUAGCAACUGUCAAUGUGCCGAGGUGCUUGCUUCGGUCUUCCCUCAACUUGUUGAUCACUGGAGAGCGGCUGGAAACAAGCUAAAAACAAUGCGUUACCUGACCGAGUCUGGGGCGGCAGCAUUGGCCACUUCUUCUAACAUGCAAGCGUUAUCUUAUCUGUAUGAAGUGCAAACCUUGAUUGAAGAGACAAAGGAUGACGAGGAGCCUCUGGCAGCUGAAGAAGAAACUGCUCGUGUGGAAAGUCUUAUUGGUCAGGCAUUGAUUCAUAUGAAUCGACCUCAUGAGGCUCUGAGGCAUUUGUCAGCGGCGCUGCUCAUUCUGGGAAAGAAACAACCCAAGACGGAUUUUGGAUGUUAUGUGAGGCUUUUGAAGGAAGCAUUACGUCAUUAUUUGCACGUGUUUUUGCCCGGCUACUACAUAGGAGGAGCGGGUGACAAAUCAGCUCGAUUGAUUGAACAGUCUCGAUGCCUGAGCCACCUGAGUCACGUGUAUCACUCCCUUCACCUAAAGAAGUGGUCACUGAUGGCUGCUCUUCAAGAAUUGAACGCCGCUGAAGAGGCUGAAGAGAACCUUCACGAGCUUAUCAACGCAUAUGCAGGAGUUGUUGAGUGUUCUCAUCUCGUUGGCUGGAAAGGCUGGGGAAAAACCUAUGAGAAAAUUGGAAAGAACAGAUGCGAAGAUCCGUCUUUGUAUUCAGAUCCAGAAGAUAUGAUGACAGUGGCUCAUCUGUACUGUGUUAGCCUCGCUUUCAGACUGGCCAUUGGGGGAGUGUCGAUAGCUAUAAACUCAGGAAAACACGCUUUUGACCUUGCAAAACGAGUUCAUGAUCAGCAUAUGAUGACAACCUGCAUUCCUCUGCUUGCUCAGAGUCUCCUUUUCACAGCAAAGAUUCCUGACUGCAUUGAUGUUCUAAAGGAGCUUAAUGCGGCAGCAUUGGAUUCCUGUGACUCACAUGGCCGAGCGCUGUACAUGUGCUGCUGCUUUGAUUUGAUCCUAGAGGCAGGUUGGCGACUGGAAGAUUUUGACGAAAUCGUUCAAUUUACGGCAAAAAUGUCCACUGACCCAGCCUUUUCUUCUGAUGUAGCGCCGAAGUUUUACCUGAACGUUUCUCUUGCUCUUUGGUAUGCUCGACGGCGCGACUGGAAGAAUGCUGAUUUUUUAAUGUCAUCUGCUUCUGCUGUAGUGCCAUCCAAGCUCGAGGUAUUUAUGUCAGUGCACGGAUAUGCUAAGGUUGUGGAGUUUUGGUUGCUGAAACUUCAGGAGGAUGGUAAAAACCGACAAAAUGAGGAUGAAGUGCAAAAGUGCCUGAAGAAAUUCAAGAAUGCUCUUAACCAUCACCCAGUGUUUGAUGGUCGAAGACUUCACUUACUUGCGUACUACCAUCUCCUUCGAGGCAAAAAGGACAAGUGCAAAUCAAAGCUUCGCAGGUGCUUUAACAAGAGCAAGAAUCUUGGUCUGUGGCUCGAGGUCGAAUGGGCCAACAAGAGUUUCAAGGAAUGGUUCAUUAGCUGGAAGGAAUCGGAGCCAAACUACCUUGGAACAUCCAUGUUCACUUUGCCAAAACCGAAAAAAGAUUAAUUUUUUUUUUCUACCCUUUGGCGAAUCGUUAAAAGUCGUUUUCACUGACCUCUAAUCGUUGUUAUGAUAACCAAGACAUUUGAUUUUGCGUUUUAUUUGAUUGUUGAAGAAAAUUAAUGAACUUGACUGUUCAGUAAGAAUUCAAAAUUAAAAGGAAAAAAAAAGGAAUAGAUACUCUAUGCAAAUACAACUUUUACCUGUAGAUCUGGACCUCUUUGCGAAUAAAGUGAUUGCUAUUAUCAA